AAAUGAAUCAUCAAGUAGUGUGUGUGUAUCAAAAUGUUCAUUGGAUUCGAAGCUAUCGUGUAUGCCUUGUUGUUGUUUUUGCAUUGAAUGACACGUCUCAAGCUAGAAAGUACACACCACGACAAUAUGGCAUCUAUAGAGGAACUAAAACUACAAAUCGAAAGCUUGCAAAGUGAGCUAAUUCGAUUAAAAGCCAACGCACCCGGUGGUGCUCGAGAGAAGAUAGAGAAAAUGUCCUCCGAAGUAGUGGAUUCCAAUCCAUACAGUCGACUCAUGGCCCUGCAACGGAUGGGAAUAGUGAACGAAUACGAGAGAAUUCGACAGAAAAGCGUUGCUGUCGUUGGAGUUGGCGGCGUAGGAAGCGUAACAGCGGACAUGUUAACACGUUGUGGCAUCGGAAAACUGAUUCUCUUCGAUUACGACAAAGUGGAGCUGGCUAAUAUGAACCGACUAUUCUUCACCCCCGAUCAAGCUGGUCUCUCUAAAGUGGAAGCAGCAGCGAAGACCCUUAAUUUCAUCAAUCCGGACGUUAAAAUUCUGACCAAUAACUAUAACAUCACUACAGUGGAAUCUUUUGAUCAAUUUUUGAACACUAUCAAAACUGCAGGCAUCGAAGAGAACACUCCAGUAGAUUUGGUGCUUAGUUGUGUAGACAAUUUUGAAGCCCGGAUGGCUAUCAAUGCGGCAUGCAAUGAGUUGUCUCUUAACUGGUUCGAAUCAGGCGUAUCGGAGAACGCUGUGUCCGGGCACAUUCAGUUCAUUCGCCCUGGAGAUACAGCUUGUUUCGCGUGUGCUCCGCCUCUGGUAGUUGCAGAAAAUAUCGACGAAAAAACUCUGAAACGAGAAGGUGUAUGUGCGGCUAGUUUGCCGACUACAAUGGGCAUUGUGGCUGGAAUGCUGGUCCAAAACACUCUUAAGUAUUUGCUCAACUUCGGGACGGUGUCCGACUAUUUAGGAUACAACGCACUGAUUGAUUUCUUCCCCAAGAUGAGCCUUAAACCUAACCCAACCUGUGAUGAUCGGUUUUGUAUUGAUCGCCAGAAAGAUUACGCCGCUCGACCUCAGCAAGAGAAGAUUGAAGAGGUCCCUGAGGAGGAAACACCACUCCAUGAGGAGAAUCUUUACGGCAUCGAGCUAGUAGCGGAGGAUGAAACACACAAAUCUCAGGAAGCACCAUCGACGGCUAUUUCCAGCGGUUUGAAGCUAGCAUACGAAGCGCCAACAGCUGCUCGACCAGAUUCCGAUAAAACACAUGACUCUACCAUGGCCGACGAUGUCAGCUUAGAUGAUCUAAUGGCGCAAAUGAAAUCAAUGUAAAUUUUGGUUGUAGAGCUUCCCAUAUUUGUUGUAUUAUUGCUUAUUUGCUUAUUAAAUUCCAAUCAUAGCAUUUUUUUUAUUACAA